AGCACGUCUAGCCAGCUAGAAGUGCCACGACUUCACAGUAGUCCAGCGAUUACCCGGCGGAGUUAGGAGGAAGAUAUCUGGGAAAAGGCAACUAAGCUAAACCGCUGCAAAUACAGAGGAACGACACACCGCAAUUAUUACACUUUCAAUUGAAAGCUCUCAGCAAUCCCUCCGUUUUUCUUUGAGCCAAGCAGACAGAUUUGCAUCAGUAGCGUGUUGAACCAACAUUGAGCAAUGGAUAUCUAUGACCCUCAGACCAUUGGCAUAAUGGUUUUUGGUGGAUUCAUGGUGAUCUCUGCAGUUGGGAUUGCUCUUGUCUCUACGUUCUCUAUGAAGGAGACCUCUUAUGAAGAGGCACUGGCAAAACAGCGUAGGGAGUUGGGUAAGAUACAGUCAGGUCGCACAGAGAAAAAGAAGAAGGUCAAAACGGCUGACAAAAAGAAUCGUGGAAAGAAGAAGGAAGAAAAGCCCAAUGGAAUGAUCCCGGAAGCUGAAAAAUCAAAUGAGACUAGUGAAGCUGAUCAAGUCCCUGAGCCUCUUUCUGCCCCAAUUGUGGCUACUGCUCCUGUUGCUCAAUAUGCCUCUGAGGCAAAGGCACAUGCAACCCCUGCACCAGCAGACCCACAGCCCAAAGCUGUUAAAACAAGUCCAACUCCUGCUGCGUCCUCACCUGUACCUUUGCCUAAAGACAAAAAGAAGAAGAAAUCCGCCAAGGUUGACCCAACCUCUAUUACUCCUGCACUCGCAGUUGCUCCUGCACAGGACAGACCCUCACCAGUUCCUGCUUCAGCCAAAGCCACGGAAUCUCUCAAGGCCAAAACAGCGCCUCUCUCUGCCCCAUCCAAAGUAGUUCCCACAACGUCUGUACCUGCCAAGGCUUCCUCUGCUUCACCAUCAAGCAAAUCUAAUUCUAAAUCUGUUCCUCCCUCGGCUAAAUCUGCUCCUGCCUCUAAUAAGUCCGCCCCGGCCUCAACCAAGUCCACCCCGGCCUUAACCAAAUCUACUCCUGCCUCUGAUAACUCUGCGCCGGCCUCAACCAAGUCCGCGCCGGCCUCAACCAAGUCCGCCCCGGCCUCAACCAAGUCCGCCCCAGCCUCUGAUAACUCUUCCCCGCCCUCUGCCAAGUCUGCCAAGGCCUCUGCCAAGUCCGCCACGGCCUCUUCCGCCCCGGCCUCUGAUAACUCUUCCCCGCCCUCUGCCAAGUCCGCCAAGGCCUCUGCCAAGUCCGCCCCGGCCUCUGCCAAGUCCGCCCCGGGCUCUGCCAAGUCCGCCCCGGCCUCUGCCAAGUCCGCCCCGGCCUCUGAUAACUCUUCCCCGCCCUCUGCCAAGUCCGCCAAGGCCUCUGCCAAGUCCGCCCCGGCCUCUGCCAAAUCCGCCCCGGCCUCUGAUAACUCUUCCCCGCCCUCUGCCAAGUCCGCCAAGGCCUCUGAUAACUCUUCCCCGCCCUCUGCCAAGUCCGCCAAGGCCUCUGCCAAGUCCGCCCCGGCCUCUGCCAAAUCCGCCCCGGCCUCUGAUAACUCUUCCCCGCCCUCUGCCAAGUCCGCCAAGUCCGCCCCGGCCUCUGCCAAGUCCGCACCGGCCUCUGAUAACUCCCCCCCGGCCUCUGCCAAGUCCGCCCCGGCCUCUGCCAAGUCCGCCAAGUCCGCCCCGGCCCCUGCCAAGUCCGCCCCGGCCCCUGCCAAGUCCGCCCCGGCCCCGGAAAAGUCCCCCCCGGCCUCAGAAAAGUCCACCCCCGCUAAAACCAAGUCCGCCCCGGCCACAGACAGGUCCGCCCCCGCCUCAACCAAGGCCGCCCCCGCCUCAACCAAGGCCGCCCCCGCCUCAACAAAGGCCGCCCCCGCCUCAACCAAGGCCGCCCCCGCCGCAACCAAGGCCACCCCCGCCUCAACCAAGGCCGCCCCCGCCUCAACCAAGGCCGCCUCGGCCGUUUCCAGGUCUGCCGCUGCUCCAGCCAAGUCCUCAGCAGCACCAACCAAGUCUGCCCCACUUCUUGAAGCCGUCAUUAAAGAUGUUCCCGUCAUGGCCGUCCCCCCAGUGGGGUCUAGUGUACCAAAAGCCCAAGAACCCAAGAAGAAGGCCUCCAAGAAAAAAUCCGAGAGUGUUGCAACAGUGGAUUUCGCUGGCACUCCACUUUACCUGCCCUACAAGGCUUUGGUGUCAACUAUCAGCAGCAUGAUGUUUAGUGAGAGAGAAGCUCAUAGCCUCAUUGAGAUGCUGUCUGAGAAAGCCGGCAUAAUCCAGGGCACCUGGCACAUGGCCACUCAGAAAGGAGACCCAAUGACCAUGCUGAAGAAACAACUAGAGGAGAAGGAAAAACAGCUGGGGGCUGAACAAGAGGACUCUUCUGCAGCAAAGAACCGUCUGAGAGAGCUCACUAAGGAGCUUGCCGCCGAGAAGUCCAAGGUGGCUAGUGUUGAGACUAGGCUGAGCUCCCAGCUGAGUAAGAGGGAGCAGGAAAUGAUUGCUCUGCAAGCCCGCAUGCAGGCCAGCUACCAGGACCAUGUAGCCCAAUCCCAGAAGCUCAAUGCAAAGAUUGUCAGUCUAAAAGACCAGCUAGAAAAGGGUCCCAAUGCCCAGCUGGCCCGUCUGCAGCAAGAGAACUCUAUUCUCCGUGAUGCCCUCAACCAAGCUACCAGUCAGGCUGAGAGCAAACAAAAUGCGGAGCUAGCCAAACUGCGUCAGGAAUGUGCAAAGCUAACAAAGGAACUUGGAGAGAAGACUGAAAUUCUGCACGCUGAUGAACACGUGAGGAAAGGGCUGGAGGCUAAGGUCUCUGCUGCAGAAAAGCAACUCUCUUCACUUCAGGCCAACCAUGCAGAAAGCCAGCAAGGAUUGCAGAGGAAAUUGGAGGAAGUCUGUGCGGAGCUGAGAACAACACAAAGUGCAAACAGCAGACUGCAGGACUCUUGGAAGAAGGCCCAGAAGGACACCAGCACACUCUCAGAGUUUCAGGUGAAAAUGGGAAAUCUUGAGGCUCAGGUCAAGGAGCGUGCCGCUCAGGUCGAUGCGCUCACUGCUCAGCUGGAGGGAGCACAGGUUGAGAAACAACAGUUCGUACAACAGUUGGCAUCCAUCAACUCUUUGCUGGAGGCCAGUCAGAAUGAACGGGUGAAUCCUGCGGAACUGCAGCAAUUAAAGCUCAGCCUGCAGGAGAAGGAUGUCCAGUUCAACACUCUCCAGGAGAAACUGAAGCAAUUUCAGAUGAAGAAGGAGGCAGCGGAGAACACCAUUUCUGAACUCCAGCAGAAACAUGAGAGGGAGAAUGCCAGCCUCAUCACCUCUCAUCAGGAUGAACUUAAAAACCUCAAAGAGAUCGUACAACAAUCAGAUGUCUCUUCAGAACAGACAAAGAGCAGUCUGACAGAGAAGGAAGCCCUUGUUACAUCACUACAAGACCAGCUGAAGGAGUCAAAGCAAAAUGAAGCUUUUAUGAUCCAGCUUAAAGCUUUUGAAAGUGAAGCCAAAGAAUCCCUCCAAAAACUCUUCCCAUUUGUACCCCUUGAAACACAACAGCCAAAUUGGUUACAAGGUUUUACGCUGAAAGCUCAGGAAGUUCUUAGCCAACAAUCCCAGUCAAGUCAAGAAUCGCCAGAGUCUCUUGAAAAGCUUAAGGAGGCUGAGGAGACCCACACCACCCUGCAAGCAGAAUGUGAACAGUACAGAACAGUUUUAGCUGAAACGGAAGGAAUGCUGAAACACCUACAGAAGAGUGUUGAGGAGGAGGAGCUGGUGUGGAGGUCUAAAAUGAUGAGCUCUGAGGAACAGCUGAAAGCAGCUUUGGAGGAAGUACACAGGCUGGAGUCAGAAAAUCAAAGUAUAAAGCAGCUAAAAGAGCAGAUGAUGCUGCUGGAGGCGCAGCUGGAGAAGCAGUCAGACAACCAUUGCAUUGCUGAGGAGCUGGAACAGCUCAGGCUGCAGCUGUCCUACAGUCAGAGCCAGCUGGACUUGGCCCACAAGGAGGCCCAGGCACACAAGGAGGAGCUUGCUAAGGUCAGAGAGCCGCUGAGCCAAGUCACGUUGAGCAGUCAGCAGGAACAGAACGGUCCCACACAGGCUCAACCUAGUCAGGUUUUAUCCGACUUGAAUCAGACAACUGAGAAGCUGCAAGGAGAGGCUGCUAAAAGACAGAAGCUGGCAGAAGAGUUUCAACAGGCCCAGACAACCAUCACAGAACUUCAGGCUCAACUGGAUCUUCUGAAGGAUUCAACCGAGUCACAGCAAGGUGACUCAGAAGAUGUUGCCCAGCUCAAGGAACGUCUGGAGAAGGAGAAGAAGCUGUCCAAAGAUCUGGGACAGGCAGCCACCAAACUCCAGCAACUUCUCAAAGCCGCACAGGAACAGCUGAGUAAAGAGCGAGAGACGGUGGUAACACUACAGGAGCACCGAGAUGGCAAAGGAGAGUAUGUGGAAUUAAAGGAGGGAACAUCCGUCUGAGAGGAAGCUCACUGUAUUGACAUCAAACCAAAUAUGCCUUACGAUAACCAUAGUUAUGCAUUCCAAAACUAUUACUUUAUAGUACUGUAGUUUUUUUCUUUUGUUUUUUUGCUUUGCAAUGCUAGUAAUCAAAUGUUUGAUAUAAGCAUUUCAAAGUAUAGGAGGAAAUCAUGCUGCAACCUUGACUAAAACCUACAUUCCAUCAACAAUUCUGACUAUGUCAGAAGAUGUGUAUCCACUGCCUUUUUAGUCAAAACAUUCCCCCAUGGUUCAGUGUUAAAAGGGAAACCGAUUGUACGUUAAGCGUACAUCAACCUGUGCAAUUACUUUGUAAGUUUUCUUUGUUGAUUGAUGGUAACACUUCAGUUAGAGUACAAGUGCUUUGGGCCUCCUCUCCAUUGCGGGCUACCAACUCACAUUGAAUUUGUAUGAAUGAAUAAACUACAGUAUAACUAUGUAA